UUUAAAAUGACACAGGAUGUGUUAACUGUCGCGGAACCGGAUAAAAAGCUGCCCCCAGAUUCCGCUAUUUUAAACCAAAAUUUACUUAUAACGUCGCUGUGUAUGCUUAAUGAGUCCUAGCACUGCCCCUCGACUCUACUUUUACUUGUCGCUUGAUUUGAGCGCUGUGCCUUUAAAAACAAACUGCUCCAUGUUUUCAGUCCCAACUGUGUCGACCGGUGGCCACGUACGGCUCCGUGCUCCGACGGUUAUCCCACGGUCUGGUCCAUCAACGGUCGACUACUUUUGUCAGAUAACCGUCGCUACGUUAACGACGUAUCAGCUAUUUUAAUCACUUUGAAGUAGUUUUCUCUUGACAGGGGCUGCGGUGGAUACGGUUUUGAAUGAAGGUUCCCCGCUGGGACUGUAAAGCGGGAGGAGGGGGCAGUAGUUUGCGGGGUCGUCCAGGCUAUCGGAUCUGGGAUCUGCUCACAUUUAUAACCAGACAGACGGAGGCUUGUUCAGGGCAGAGCUGAGCUGGACGGUCGGACACUCUAACCGGGGAGAACGCGGAGUUUUUAGAACUUUUAUUUAUUCGCUCCGGACUAUUUAUAAGGACGGAAAAGUUGGAAAUAAUUGAAAAAAGUUUCACUCUGGGUUUGGACCCUGGUCUCCCUUCAAGACUACGAGCUGCUGGACUGUAAGCUAAUAAUUCACUCUGGAAAUAACUCUUCCACAGACUAUUGUGAUUUAGCUAGGCUUUAGCCUUUAAAUAAAACUGCUUUAAACUUAACUUUAUUGAACACACAGAGACACACAGCUUCAAAAUGGAUAAAUACGAGGAUUUAGGACUAGAGGCGAGUAAGUUUAUUGAGGACCUGAACAUGUAUGAAGCAUCCAGGGAUGGUUUAUUUCGAAUGAGGAGGGAUGCAGGAAAUAACCCCGACUUUGAAGAGACACGGAGAGUUUUUGCCUCCAAAAUGACUAAAAUACACAUGCAGAAACAGCAAGAGGAGAUGGCAAAAAACAACCAGGCCAUUAAAAUGAAUGGGGGUCACAACAGCACAUAUUACACCAAAGAUAGACCGCCCAUCAAUAGUUACAGGCAGCCCGGUGAGGCGGCAGCGAAGCCACCGAUACUCUCUGGCCCAGUGUCGGGCACCGCAGCCGGGAGUCAGUACGCACAGUUGGACGGUCAGAAACACCACACAGGUAUUCAGUCUGAACUUCCAGCCGGCAGGCCAUACGGCUAUGGAAACAGUUACGAUAGUAAGGAGCGCUUAGAGCCACGUUCAUACCAGCAGAACACCCCUGCUCCUCCCAGCCCAGGAAACUCGUCUCACAGCGCGCCUACACAUACUCGUCACCCGGUCAGCCAGCCAGCUGCCUGGGCCCCAUCCAGGGAGAACCAGCUUUCCCCAUCUUUGCCAGGGUCUGGGAGCAGCGGAGUGUCUCAGCAGCAGCCCCAGCGCCUUCCUGCGGCUCCCGCCACCAACAGUCUUCCAUCCCAGCAGAAUCAGGUUGUCACUCCUCCUGUAAACCAGAGUCCACCCACCUCUGCUGGGCCAGCCGGGGGAUGGGCUAGUGAACCUUCUGGAUCAUCAAAACCAGACCUCAUCCCUGCCCUGCCUCUGAGUGCCUUCACGGGAGGAGCAGAUUUCCACGUGCAGCAGCCCUCCAUACAGCCCACUGCCCAUUAUGCACCACCUUCUCCAACUUCAAGACCCUCUACCAGCCAUAAUGGUCCUGUGGCAGCUUCCCCUGUCCUACCUGCACCUUCUGAAACACCCCAACCCAAGGCCCAGGUGACAUCUGCUACCUUGAGCCCUGGCGGUGUCUCCAAAAGCAGCAGCAGCAGCAGCCAGGGUCAAGGUCACAGCCAAAUACCUAGCUGUGGACAGGCUGCCAGUGCUGAAGCUGAAGCACCUUGUUCCCCCAAGCCUGUCCAGCUACCCUGCCAGUCUCUCCUCACGCAGUCCCCUGAGCAGGGGCCUUCAGCUGCUGAAAUAAAGUUAGAAGCUCUCACUAAACGGCUUGAAAAAGAGAUGGAUGCCCAACCAAAGGCGGACUACUUUGGAGUUUGUGUUAAGUGUAACAAGGCAGUGUAUGGCGCCAACCAGGCCUGCCAGGCCAUGGGUAGCCUCUACCAUGACAGCUGCUUCACCUGCAGUGCCUGCAGUCGAAGGCUUAGAGGGAAGGCUUUCUACUAUGUCGGAGGGAAGGUUUUUUGUGAAGAGGACUUUCUGUACUCUGGUUUCCAGCAGUCUGCGGACAAGUGCAACGCAUGUGGACAUCUGAUUAUGGACAUGAUCCUGCAGGCCCUCGGGAAGUCCUACCACCCUGGCUGUUUCCGUUGCGUCGUUUGUAAUGAGAGUCUUGAUGGAGUGCCCUUCACUGUGGACACUGAAAAUAAGAUCUACUGUGUCAAAGACUACCACAGGGUCCUGGCCCCUAAAUGUGCAGCCUGUAAUCAGCCUAUUCUGCCAUCAGAGGGCUCUGAUGAAACCAUUCGAGUUGUAUCUAUGGACAAAGACUAUCAUGUGGAAUGCUAUCACUGUGAGGCUCAUUCAGUGGAUGCAUCCCUCUCAUCCACCUCAUCCUCUGUGUCUUUUAGGACUGCAAGAUGGAGCUGAAUGACGAGGAGGGUCACCGCUGCUACCCUCUGAACGGCCACCUUCUCUGCCACUCCUGCCACCUGAAGCACAUUGAGCCCAGCAGCUCCUCUUCCAUCACUGCCCCUUCCUACUAACUCUGCUGCAGGUGGAGGGAGACACCUGGUGGAUUUAAGAAGGAACUGCCAAAGAGUGACUUUGAACUGCAGGAGCUGAUGUGUACAAUUCUUGUUGUAGAGGACUGAUUGCUUUAACGCCUCAGAUCACACCACGGUCUGAUGUGUAUUUUGACAGGAAUGUUAAUGAAGUCUCCAUUGUGCAGAACCCAAAAAGGUUAUGACCCAUUGAUGAAGUAUCGUAAUACACCAAAACCCUACUUUGAAUGCAGUGAAGCGUUGCGCUGUCUCUGCUGCAUACUGACUUUGCUGAAGUGAUGCCAUAUGAUUAUUUUUUUAUGUAAAUAUCAGUUGCAUUGGCUGUGUAAAUAUCUUAUAGUCAAUUCGUUUUAGAUACUGUGUGCCUUCAACUUCACAUUCACACUUGUGCUGUGAAAGUACCGUUCAAAUCAGUCUAUAAAUCCUAUAAGUCCAAAGCUUCAACUAAUAAUGAACAUUUACAACAAUAUUGUGCAGGUCAGCUCCUCACAAAUCAAUCACAGGUACCUAAUGUUUCAGUCAGAUAGAAAAGACAAUCUGCUGUUCACUCACAUGUUUGAAAAUAAUGGUUUAGUCAUAUGACAAUCUGCUUCCUGCUUUUGUUUUGGAUGUGUACUGUUCCUCUGGAGGGAGCACAGCAACUUCUACAUGCAAUAAUAACAGCUGGUGUGUAUUUAUACAAAAUGAUUUUUGUUAUUGAAUACUAUUUUAAUCAGUUACAAAAUGUUUAUUUUCCUCUCAUAGUGGUUAGCAGUGGCCAUGUAGGGGGAUUAAACAGCACAGGCAUUCUGUGAAAGGCCUCAGCAUGUUGACCUGCAUAUAGAGCCAACAUUUACAUGCAAAUACCGGUAUGCAAUAAAUUAUAUCUAGUAAUAACUUAUGAAUGCAACCAUUUCUUCCAGGUUGUUUGUUGCUGUUUGUUGCCUCUCUAAACUCAAACUCAAAACAUUUUAUAAGUUUUUCUUUUUGCAGUCUGAGCAAAAAUGCUGACAGCCAGGUUCUACUGUUAGAGAAUAAACAGCCGUGAUUUGCCACAUGCAGCCUGUUCUGAGCACUUAGAGAUAGUUGUGUGAGUUUUCUAUGCACCUAUGAAGAUGUUGGUAUUAGACCUGUAGGUUGAUGUAUUUUGUUACAUUUGCAUACAUUGUAUAUUUAAAAAAGAUAUAUAUUGUAGGCCUACAUUCAUUUACCUUUGUUUCAUUUUGGCUUUUGUGCGAAACCCCUUCAAUACUAAUUUGAUUUGCAGUGGGGAGUUCAGUUUUGAUUGCCUACCUUUGCCAUCCAAAUGUUAUUCCUGUCUUCAGUUUACUAACUUAAUACUAACUUUGUUUGUCAUUUGAGGUCCUUAUUUCAUAGUCAACUGAGAAUUAAGAUGAAGAGCAAUCAUAUACAUAUGUGCUGUAUGAUUGUUGUAAGAAAAUAUUUAAUAAAUGCAUUGCAAUAGA